AUGACAGAGUAUAAGCUCGUCGUGGUGGGGGACGGAGGUGUCGGCAAGUCGGCCCUCACGAUACAGUUCAUACAGAACCACUUCGUCGAAGAAUACGACCCGACGAUCGAGGACUCUUACCGAAAACAGGUGGUGAUAGACAAUGAGACCUGUCUGUUGGACAUAUUGGAUACUGCUGGACAAGAGGAAUAUUCGGCGAUGCGCGACCAGUACAUGCGAACCGGCGAGGGCUUCUUGCUCGUGUUUGCGGUGAACGAGGCCAAGUCGUUUGAGAAUAUCACCCAUUAUCGCGAGCAGAUUCGUCGUGUCAAGGAUUCGGAUGAGGUGCCGAUGGUGCUGAUUGGCAAUAAAUGCGAUUUGGCCCAGCGCUCAGUUGAUUCUCGAAGCGUGCACGAGAUGGCUAGAAUGUAUGGGAUCCCCUAUUUAGACGCGUCGGCGAAGACUAGGAUGGGUGUUGAUGAAGCUUUCUUCGCGUUGGUCAGCGAGAUUCGCAAGCACCGAGAGAAGACCAAGGACAAGCCGCGCAAGAAGAAGAAGUGCACCAUUCUG